AUGCCUUCGACGCGCUUUGCCCUUGCCCUUGCCGUCCUCAUCCACGGACGGACCGCUCUGGCUCGCGGGCCCUCGGGCCUCGACAGCCGGCAGUUUGCGCGAAGUGGGGAGGCCUCACCCUCGUUAAACGUAUCGUCGUGCCCAGGUUAUUCCAUCUCGUCCGUCACUGAGACCGCCACUGGUCUCACGGCACGGCUCGGCCUUGCGGGGCAUGCUUGCAACGCGUUCGGUCACGACGUCACGAAUCUUACUCUCGAAGUGACUUACGAUACACAAACGAGGCACGUUAGAGGUGACAUUCUACUGCAUGUCAACAUCUUUGAUUCCGACAAGCAGCAGUUCACCAUCCCGUCGGAUGUGAUUACGUUGUCUGCCGGCGACGGAGAUCCCAGUCUGAAGACUAGCUCGGACUUCGAGUUCCACUACGAUUCCGAGCCUUUCGCCUUUUGGAUCACUCGCCGCUCGGAGCCCGAUGCACAACCGCUGUUCGAUACUCGCGUCCAGUCUCUGCCCGCAACCCCUAUUCCUCCCGUCAUUCCGAAUGACAACAGCACGGCUCUCGACGGGUUCCCAUUGGUGUUCGAAGAUCAAUACCUCCAGCUCACGUCGGCACUUCCCUUGAACGCGAACAUCUACGGAUUGGGCGAAAUCCUGGCUAGCUUCGGCUUCCGGAGAGACGUUGGCACGGACGGCGGUGUCGGCACGAUUCAGACGAUGUGGGCUCGAGAUAACCCCGACCCGAUCGACCAGAACAUCUACGGUUCACACCCCAUAUACCUGGAGCACCGCUACAACGAGACCACAAAGCGCGCGCAGUCUCACGGGGUCUUCCACUUCGGCGCCGCAGGGUCUGACAUCCUCCUCCUAACCCCGCCCUCGUCCCCGACGUCUCUUGUGCAAUACCGCCUGCUUGGAGGCACCCUCGACUUCUACUUCUUUUCGGGACCCAGCCCGCAGAGCGUGGUCGAGCAGUACGGCGCGCUCGUCGGCCUCCCGACAUGGCAGCCCGCGUGGGGCUUCGGCUUCCACCUCUGCCGCUGGGGCUACGCAAACGUAAGCGAGACGCGCGAGCAAGUGGACAAGAUGCGCGCGGCCAACAUCCCGCUCGAGGUCAUGUGGAACGACAUCGACCUGUACCACGCCAUCCGCGACUUCACGACGGACCCGGUCAGCUUCCCGGCCGAUGAGGUCGCGGACUUCAUUGCGAACCUCACCGCGAACAACCAGCACUUCAUUCCCAUCGUCGAUGCCGCGCUCGCGAUCCAGGUGAACGACACGGAUGUGUACGAUCCAUACACACGGGGUGUCGAGCAGGACGUGUUCAUGAAGAACCCAGAUGGGUCGCUGUACCUAGGUCAGGUGUGGCCUGGGUAUACGGUGUUCCCGGACUGGUUCGCGAACAACACGCAAGGGUUCUGGACGGAGGCGUUGCGAAACUGGUCCCAGCCUGGCGUCAACUACUCCGGCAUCUGGCUUGAUAUGAACGAGGUGUCGUCGUUUUGCGUGGGUUCUUGUGGAGACGGUGCGGACCUGGCGGCCGCCACCAUCCCGACCCAGUUCUUCCCGGGCACGCCUGGGAACCUCGUGACGGAUUAUCCUGAGGGGUACAACUCGAGCAUCUGGGGACCAAGCGGGAACCUCACCAUCAACGGCACUCUGACUUUCGGAAACAACAGCGCCAAUUUUCCAGCCGCGCAUGAUAAGCGAUCACUUCCUGGCGUUGCUGGCCAGCCCGGUGUCGAUCUCAACAACCCUCCCUAUGCCAUUCACAACGGCGACCCCACGCUCUCCACGCACGACGUCUCUACCAACGCCACGCACGCCAAUGGCGCCGUCGAACUGGACACGCAUAACCUCUGGGGCCUCAUGGAAGAGAAGGCGACGCAUCUCGCGCUGCUCGAUAUCCACCCAGGGAAGCGCCCCUUCCUCAUCUCGCGCUCCACGACGAUCUCCUCCGGGCGCUGGACGGGCCACUGGCUGGGCGACAACAUAUCCAAGUGGCGGUAUAUGUACCUGAGCAUUCAGGGCAUGCUCCAGUUCCAGCUCUUCCAGAUCCCCUUCGUCGGCGCCGACACGUGCGGCUUCCAGGGCAACACGGACGAGGAGCUGUGCGGGCGGUGGAUGCAGCUGUCGGCGUUCAUGCCGUUCUACCGGAACCACAACGUGCGGAGCGCGCUGAGCCAGGAGCCGUACCGGUGGGACUCGGUCGCGAACGCGUCGCGGACGGCCAUCGCGGUUCGGUACAGCAUGCUGCCGUACUGGUACACGCUGUUCGCGAACGCGUCGAUGCACGGCACGCCGCCCAUCCGUGCGCUGUUCUUCGAGUUCCCAGACGAGCCCGAGCUCUUCUCCGUCGACCGCCAAUUCCUCAUUGGCCGCGACAUCGUCGUCACCCCCGUGCUCACACCCAACGUCUCCACCGUCGACGGCAUCUUCCCCGGCCAAGGCCGCUCGAUAUGGCGCGACUGGUACACGCACGAAGUCCUCAACGCCUCCAUCUCGGCCAACACCACCCUCCCCGCGCCGCUCGGCCACAUCCCCGUGCACGUCCGCGACGGCGCCGCGCUCCUGCUGCACGCGGCGCCCGCGUACACGAUCGCGGAGACGCGCGCGGGCCCGUACGAGCUGCUCGUCGCGCAGGCGGCGGACGGGUACGCGUUCGGGACGGCGUACGUGGACGACGGGGAGAGCGUGCCGCCCACGCCGAACUCGACGCUCGUCGUGAGGGCGCAGACGGGGCGGGUGACGGUCGAGCGGGAGGGGACGUUCCGGAUCGAGCAGAAGCUGGAGAAGGUGACGGUGCUCGGGGCAGCGCGCGCGGCGCCGGGAACGGUGAGGGUGAAUGGGGUGAAGGUGGGGAACUGGACGUUCGAUGCGGGGGUGGAGAGGUUGGUUGUGGGCGGGCUAGGGAUUGAUCUGAACGAGCGCGUUGUGGUGGAGUGGGCUUAG